AACUGGGCCUGAGCUCCGCCUUGAAGCCUCCACGGCCUCUUCUGGCGCCGCCGCGGGGCCCGUGAGGUACUGACGCGGUAGAUUCGGAGGCUGUUUUCCUAUGGCUGCCGCAGGCCAUGUGGACCCUGCCCUCGAGUUGGGACCUGUGUACGUGAGGGAAUCGGGCCGGUUGUACUUGGCUAACGGUGCCGGGGACCGGAGACCGAGCUCAGGGCGGCCCCGGUCAAUGCGGCUGGUUCCCCGGGGAAGUGGCUCAGUGAGGCUGUGCCUCGAGGACGGAGAGAAGCCAGAGGGUUCUUGCCGGACGGACCACUUGGUGUUUACCUACACAGAGGCUGGGAGCCUUCGCUAUUCCCCUCGGCCACUCUUUCAGCUGCUGCUGCGGUUCAUUGCCGCUCACGUGCAACAUGUGGAGUCCCUGGUGGGGUUCCCGGAGCAGAUCGCAGAGAGGCUCUUCAUUCAGUUAGAGGCCUCAAAGACCUUCUUGGCUCCUGGGGUCAGUGUCCAAGCUCUGAGGAUAUUCAGCGAGGCCUACGGCAGCCUGGUGCUGCGCUCUUUGUGCCUGAGAGACAGGCCUCAGGUUGUGUGCGGAAGGCUGGAGGAGUUGAAGGUUCUCCGGGGUCUGACCCACCUGGACGUGUCGGGGUGUGGGCUGGGGGACGGACAUGAGCUGCUCAAGCUCCUGACCAGCGAAGCGCUGUCCAGCCUGACCUGCCUUCACCUGCGAGGUAACGGGCUGUCUGACCGGGGGCUGCGGGCGAUGACGGCACCAGCCAGAGUGCUGCGGAGAGGCCUAAGGCAGCUGGCAGUGCUGGGCCUGGCCGGAAACCCCGAUAUCAGUGAACGAGGGGUCUGCUUCCUGCGCUGCCUCCCCAGCCUCCGCGCCCUGGACAUGUCGGGUUGCGGUGUGACGGAUGUGAGGUCGCUGACCAGGACGGUUUGGAAGAAGCUAUGGCUGCAACCGGUGGUGGAGGCUCUGGGGGAGUUUGAGCACGAGCUGUGUAGCACGCAGGGCUGGGCAGAGCAGGUGGUGCUGCAGUGGGAACAUAACGCCUCCAUGUCUCAGCCUCACACUGAGCCCAGCGCAGCAGCUCGCAGGUUCUACGGAGCUCGGGCAGUGACCGAGGCUGAGAGGCCGGAGACGGGCCAGGUGCCGGCUAGACUGCAGUUUCAGCGGCCGACACGGGGCAGCAAGCACACGGGACUGAGCACAGCACGGCUGGGUUAACGCCAGGGGUCCAGUCGGUACCGGGGACUGUGCGCGCCCCUCCUCCCAAACGCAGAGUAACGGAGCUCAGUGAGCUCUCCCCCCAGGACAGGGAGCUGCUCAAUAGUUACUGAGUGAAUGUGACACCCUUCCUCUCCCACAGAUACUACUACGGGACAUGACUACACACUCCUACCCCACAAUGGGGGAGGAGAUAGUUUGUGUAAAGGUCCACACUCUGGUUAAUAUGGAACCCAGUUGUUA